UCAGCGCCUUGCCGCGCAGUGAUGAUGGCGGUGCGUGAACGCGCAGUUAAAGUAAUGGCUGCUCUGGAACGGCGGGUGCCUUGUCUCGAUGAUUUUUUGGGCCAAAGCUGGAGCGUCUGGACGGAAAGAGCCAACCUGACAGCAUCGGAGGGGUCCGAUGGAGACGAAUUCAGCAAGAAUGGCAAAAAAACGACGGAAACCAUGACACUGAGGAAAGAGGGGUGUGAUGAUGAUCACUGGAGUUGCUGUUUUUUCCAGUUAUGCCAAAAUAUGUCCAUCUUUGGUCAUUAUCCUGGGCACGAUGAUUUCUAUCUGGUGGUUUGCGGCCACUGCAGUCAGGUGGUAAAGCCUCAGGCGUUUGAGAAGCAUUGCGAGAGGAGGCACGGCCCUCUGGGUAAGCUCUAUGCACACCUCCGCUCCACCCCACCUCCACCUCAGCAGCAGAGACCCCGUCAUGGACACACUCCGCCCUCCCACGGAGCAUCCUCUUGGAGUGGCAGGAACCAGAAUGUUGGUCCACCGCGGGCGUCUCCGCAAUCUCCCUCAACGCCACCUCAGUUCAGACACUCGAAACCUCCGAAAGAUGGAGUUUGGCACUCACCUUCAAACUCGGGUCAUUCAGAAUCAGCUGUUUUUAAGCAGCCCCCUCCCAUCGAACCCACGCGGAGCUCCCCUCCCCCUACUCACAGAGACCCCCCAUGGCCACAUGGAGGCCCUUCGCCCAAUCGGCCUUCCUCAACUGAAAGGCCUCAAUCCCAGAGAGGCGAGGCUGCCUCGGCCCCUGUCGCCUCCGGACAUCUCCGUGGGCCAAGGACGUACAAAAUGGUUUCCAAAAAAGAAUGUGACCUUGACAAGCAUUGUGGUGUGUUGGACCCUGAGAGAAAGAAAGUUUGUACUCGACUUUUGACCUGCAAUAUUCAUUCCAUUCAUCAGCGCAGGAAGGUGCAAGGCAGGAGUAAAAACUUUGACCAGCUGGUGGCUGAGCUGAAGAUGAGUUCGAAGGCUCGUGAUCGGGUAUCUCAGGCCCCAGAGAGUUCAGCUGCUCCGACUGUAAGCCCAGAACCUCCCAGAGAUGCACCCGCACCCCCUGUCUGCCGGAGACCUCUGACGAACAGCCCUGCGUUUAGAACACCCACAUUGUCUGAAAGUGUGGAGGAGGACAAACCCCACGUAGAGGAUGGCAGCACACGGCCACACUCUCCUCUCACCCAGGCCCACAUCUCAGGUGAUGAGAGCGAAGGAGAGGGGAACGACGACCUCGCAGACUGGCAUUCAACUCCAUGGCAUCCCAAACCAGCUGCGCUUUGUUCAUUUGGGAGUCAUUCUCUGGGUCACGGUGUCUUCACUUUCGAUCGACGAUUGCAUCACCUACGGUCUGCUAUGAGUGCCAUGGUGGAGAACCACCUCAGUGCCCAUCUGUGGAAAAAAAUACCUCAAGCAUCAGAUCCUCACUCCCAGAGUCCCCCAGCCAAGCCUGCAGCCGUUCCUGCCUCUCCUUCCUCCAUUUCCCAGCAUUCCAAACAGAAAGCAGGAAGUCACAACUCGACUUCUCUCAAGACUUCCUUCUACUCUUCCCACGGACCAGGCAAGGAGCCAAACCCGCAGAGUUCCUCCACCAGCAAGGCUUACGGUCAGUCCGAGAACUCUGGGGGCGGCCAGUCCACGGCUCCCCCUUCUAAACUCGGUCGAGCUCCUGCGCAGUCGGGUCCCGGUCGGCCCAAGAACUCGAGCGGCCGCCCCAACAAACAGCAGCUGCGUCUCAGGGAAGCAGAGCGGACGACCACACCGGACGCCGCUGCACUGCGCAAACGGAAAGCAUCUUUCGAAGAGUCAGACUCUGUCAGCCCGGACAAGAAUUGCGUGUCUCAGAACAAGGGGCGGCCCCUCAUCAGUAAAACGCCACCGUCAGCCUCUCACGGACAAACCAACGGCUCGCUUUCCCCCGGAAGCAAGCCGCGUCCCCAGCUCGCACCCUCUGAUUCCCACACGCCAUCCUCGUGGGCCUUUAAGAGGACUCACCCCCCGACCCACCAUUCGCCCCCGGACACUGCCCCGCACAGCCGAGGAGUGGACUCAGGACUGCAUGGCAGGGUGGCCAGCUUUGAUCAUAAGGGUUUGGGGAAGAAACGCAAGAGCAGCGGCUCCUCUCCACCCUCGAAACCCCACCGGCUGCCCACUUCCCCUCAUUCCGGUUUCUAUCCCUGGAAAGAAAGCAAAGGGGCGGGACUCUCUAUAGGAGGGGAAAAGAAACUCAGCACACAAAAGCCAAAAUUGCACCACUGAGAGUGCCAGCCUUACAAGCCACUAAAAGAGCGAGCCCUACGAACUCUACCAUAUAGAACUAUGGACGCAGGACUCUGGAUGUUUGACUGACUGUUUGAAUUGUAUGUAUGUGUGUGUGCAUGUUUAGCUACUAUGAAUGUCUGUCUGUGAGUACGUAUGUGUGUGGAGGUGUAUGAAAUGAGAUGGGGGAGUGAAUUUCUCUGUGAAUUCAGAAAAUACCUCAGAAUCUACUGAAUAAUGCUGCUACGUAAAUGUUGUUUAUAAAAUGGAUUAAAAUAUUCUUUAUACUCAGCACUGU